AUGCAGCUGCCGGCCCCUUUCGAUAUGUGGAAAGACUAUUUGAAUCUGAACAAGAUCCUAUGGGAGGUGAUCUCGGGCCGAGGGGGUUCUGGGGCUGGGGAGAAGUCCAGCCAGGAGACCGAGGCUGGGCAGGUGAGGCAGGCAGCAGCUGGAGGGCCAGGGGCCCCUACACCCCUCUGCAACUUCUGCAAACACAACGGGGAGUCCCGAAACGUGUACACCUCACACCUGCUGAAGACUCCAGAGGGUGUGGUCGUCUGUCCCAUCCUUCGCCAUUACGUCUGCCCACUGUGUGGAGCCACAGGGGGCCUGGCCCACACCCUCAAGUACUGCCCCCUCAAUGGUGGCCAGCAGUCCCUGUACAGACGGAGUGGACGAAACUCAGCCGGGAGAAAGGUCAAGAGGUGA